GCCGCGGCCGCACUCCCAGACGAAACACGUUUGCCCGCGCGGAGGCGGCCGGGCGCGCCCCGGCGGACAGGCACUAAUUUGAUGAGUUCUUUUUGCGAUUUCGGGAAAAGGCCGCUCUACCCCGUUUCCUUUGAUGCAGGGGGGGUCCUGUUGAUGACAGCGGGGACAGGACACCCCCUCCCCGUCCUUUUCACUUAUUAUCUCCCUCGUCCUGAGAGGCGGCACUGUUCUUACAGCGUCCGUUUUCGUAAACAACAAUUUUACGGCGUUUUAGGCCGGCCGGCCCCCUCGGCCCGCCCAGACGCGAGGCUAAUCUGUGAAAAGGUUUUCAGCAGAGUGAUGAUGACCGCGGCGGCAUGAGCCUGUGCCAACUCGAGCAUGGCGUCUAGAAUGUGAUGCUCGGGCCGUGGACUUUAGACAUUAAAAGUAAGCCGAGGGGGAGAAGACCGGGGGACAACCCCGACUCUGCUCAUUGGCGUGGAGAAUCGUCCAUCGAGCAGCUAUCGCCGGCAACAUGUGUGACCACGACAGCCGGAAGCAACGCAACUCGAAGUCUAACAAAAAGAACCACAAGAGACAGCAGCAGCAAGCCAGCCAGCAGCUCAAUAACAACAAUAUCAACCAUAAUAACAACAACAACCAUGAUCCGGACGACCCUGACUGGGAAGACUCGCCAGGAAAGCCGUACAAAGUCAAGAUUUCUCCCACCAUGGGUCGGUAUCUGGUGGCGACGAAGGACAUCGCCGCCGGGGAGCUCAUCGUGCGAGAGGAGGCUCUCGUCGUGGGGCCGUGUCAGAACGCCAAGCCGGUGUGCCUCGGCUGCCUGAAGCAGUUCGACGGCGAACACUACAUCAGGUCCUCUGACAACGAAGACUGUGAUAGGUGCAUGGGGUGCCAGUGGCCGCUGUGCUGCCCGACGUGCCCUGGCCUGGAGCGCGACGACAAGGCCGGCGGCCAGGCCGUGCGGCUCGGCCACACGGACGAGGAGUGCGCCGCGCUGUCGGCGGCCGGCCCGUCCGGGCGGCGCGUCGUGGACCUGAGAGCGCGCACGCCCCUGUACAACGUGAUCGUCCCGCUGCGCAUCCUGCUGCUGGAGAAGCAGGACCCGGCCCGCUGGAAGGCCAUCCACAAGAUGCAGUCCCAGGACGAUGUUCGCCGGCAGAUCCCGGGCGUGUGGCAGGCCAACCAGCUCGGCGUCGUAGACCGGAUACGCAACGAGUUUGGCCUGCAGCAGUACCCCGAGGACGUCAUCCACACCCUGUGCGGCAUCCUCGAGGUGAACGCGUUCGAGGUGGGCGACGGACUGCGCGCGCUGUACGGGGUGGCUUUCCUGCUGGCGCACGACUGCACGCCCAACACGUCGCACUCGGACGACGAGCUCCGCGCGCUGUCCCUCCGCGCCUCGGUGCCCAUCCCCAAGGGCCACGCCAUCACCCUGAGCUACGCCUACACCAUCCAGGGCACCCUCAAGCGCCGCGAGCACCUCAAGGAAAGCAAGUUCUUCGACUGCUGCUGCUCGCGGUGCUCGGACCCCACCGAGCUCGGCUCCAUGUGCUCGGCGCUCGUGUGCCCGCGCUGCGGCCGUCCCUCCGUGCUGCCCACCGACCCCCUGCAGGCCGACGCCCCGUGGCGGUGCGUCCCGCCCCGGCUGGAGCCCCGGCCCGGCGCCAAGCAGGAGCAGCCGUGCCCCGGCUACGAGAUGACCGCCAAAGAGGUCAAGGAGUUCCUCGACAAGCUUACGGACGAGAGCGAGGCCCUGGACCACAACGACGUGGUGGGCCUGGAGGGCUUCCUGGUGAAGCACGCCGCGCGCCUGCACCCCAACCACUUCCUGCUGCUCGGCGCAAAGCACUCACUGUCUCAGGUGUACGGCAAGGUGCAAGGCUACCUCAUCCACCAGCUCCCCGACGCUCUUCUAGAGAGGAAACUCACCAUCUGCAGGGACAUUCUGAGUAUAUUCGACCUUCUCGAACCGGGCGUGUCGCGGCUGAGAGGCAUCACUUUGUACGAGAUGCACGCGCCCAUCAUGAUCCUGACAACGAGGCAGUUUGAGGCCAACGCCAUCUCUCGGAAGGACCUCCGCACGCGUCUCCGCGAGGUGGCGUCCUGCCUGGAGCAGGCCGCGCACAUCCUUUGCCUCGAGCCGGAGAGCUCGUCCGAGGGCGCGGUGGGCCGUGCGGCGCAGGACGCGUUGCAGAGGGUGCGUCAGUGGCAGUGACGCCCACUUGCAGCUUGCAGCACGGCCGUGACAGAGGACAGCGAAGUCUUCUGGGAGUGGCAACGUAUACUCGCACUGUCCAGAAGUUAUUGCUCCCAAGACAAAAAGUAAUUCCCGUGAAAAACAGAACGUAUAUGGAACCUGUUUAUAUCGCACAUGUAUGAUAUAUUCGCCAUAUACCAGCCAUAUGCGGGUUGUAUACGGGUAUAUACGGAUAUAUACGGGCACAAAGUAGACAUAUACAGCAAAUAUAUGACCCAUAUACGUUUCGUUUUUCACGGGAAAUAAAUCAAAAAAACAAACAAACCCACCAGCACUUGGCUUAUUGCAGGCUAGUGGAGUUCAGGUGGCUGUGAUAAUAAAUUAAUUUCUCAAUUUCUUUUCCUAAGAGAGAGCUGCAAGAAUGACUGCCAUAUCAAUCGCAUACAAAAUAUUUAUGAUCUGGAUGAAGCCGUUUAUACUAUUCCGCUAGAAAAUGUCAACAAAUAUAAACUAGCAUAUUCUAUAAUUCAAGAUCGGCAACUUGUGAAAUAUCCUAGUUUUGAUUACUAUAAAUGUUUCUUCAAUAGGAUAAGGUUUAUGUUAUAAGCAAUCACAAAUGUAUUUUCUGUAUUCAUAUUCAUACUGUUGUAUGUAUUGGAUAAAUUUGCUAUUCUUUGAGGAGCCUCAUUAGCAAAAUAAACAUAACAAUUGCAAUAAAACUAAGAAAAGUUUGCUAAUGAGGCACACCAAAGAAUCAAUGAAAUACUUCAUUAACAAAAAUAUGUGUUUACAAUCAAAUAUAGAUAGAUAAAAAAAAAAUAAUGAGUCUUUUCCCUCUAGAUUUACACUACAUUGAUUUUUUUAAUUUCAAGGUAAAAGAUAAAAUCUUAAAAAUAAAAAAAAUAUUACCUUUUUAUGAAA